AUGGAAGGGAAUCCCUGCCUCGUGAAACUCAUCCAAGAAAUGCAAUCCAAAAUCAAUACGUUGGAGAGAGAAAAUCGGGCCCUCCGGGUAGAACUGAGCUUCAGUGGGCAGAGGAGCUCGGACCAGAAAAGAACCUCAGGAAGAGAUGGGAGAGAAGAGGAAAUCAGACGCCUUGGAAUGCUAGGAGAGCAAUCUGAUGCUUCAUCGGUGGCAAUUGGCAGAAGCAACUCAGCUGAGUCUGAACUGGCCUGGAAAGAGCAGAAAGGUAAUACCAUGACCGUUAGGCGUUAUUCCAUCUCCACAUCUCUUCAUUCGUUUGCUGCCAAAAAGCGUUGUAAAUCUGACAAAAGUCACUCCAAUGGUGGAAUUCUAGAGGUCCAGGGAAUAGUAAAACCGCCAGAAUCUUCUCUAGUUACAAAGCUAGUCCAAGAGGAAGAAAAAGGGUUGCCAGCUGAUUGCUUUUCCAGCAACAGUUCUAGCAAAAGGAUUUUUCAGGAUCAUGUUUUUAAGUGCAGGGGUAAAGUAAAGGCCGUGAGUUUCCUCUUACCAAUGGAUGCAUCAUCAUAUUCCCAAAAUCAAGGUCCUUUUGAGAACCCACCAAAUCAGAACUCAGACCAGUUAAGCACCGUCAUUGAAAAGGACAUAUGAGGCAGUGCAUUUUUAAAGACCAAUUGAUUCUUGUGAUAAGCUAGCACUAAAAUGAUAGCUGCGUGUCAGAUUACUUUUUCUGCAAAGUGUUCUGGCAAAGUGCCUUCUGAGAAUCACAAAAGACUCUGUAUCAGGUCACUGGCCUCUUGUUCGGCAAGGAAAUGGAAGCCUUUACCGGAUCUGUCAAGAACUCUUGGUAAAUAUACCUCCGUGGAUUUUAUUGCUUAGACCCACAGUUUACCUCAAAAAAGCAGAUUUCUGUAGCUUGGCUGGAACAGUGAAGAAACUGGAUGACAGCAACACCUUGUCUAGGAACUGAGUACGAAAUGCUGUCGAUUACACCAUGUUUUUUUCUGUGUCUGCAACUGUAGGGUACUGGAUUAAGUUCUGGAACCUUUCUUACAAGGAACUCAAAACAUUCAGCUGAGGCCUCCUAAUCUUGCUAUUUAUACCACAUUAUACACGUAAAAUAAAGGGAGUCUAAUUAACUUUCACAAAACAGAGCGUCUACCCAACAGGUUUUAGUUGUACCUCCCCCAGAAGAUGGUUUUUGGGUUUAGAAUUAUGCAGGUGACUUUGCGAUGACCAUUCCUGUUGAACAGGUAGUAUUUUCAGCUUUUCAACUCCCUGCCCCUGUUUUUCCAUUCUCCCAUGUCUGUGCCCCCCUCGAGUCAUUUGGGGUGUCCAGGCAGGUUAGGAUAGGGAGAGGUCUGGGUCUCUACCGGACAUUAGAUCCUCAUCGUGCAGCCUUUGGAUGAGUUUGGAAGCACACUAGUAAAGCUGUUUUUAUGGAUUGGGGAAUUAUGUAGCCACUUGGGAUACAGGUGGUGAAGAGCUACACUCUCCGUGCCCCCCUCUACCCUCUCCUCCCCACCUCCGUGAACCGUGGAGCUGCUGAGCACUCUCCCAAUCACUUAGAACAGUGCUCUGCAUGUAGUAAAUGCUCAAUAUUGAUUGAGGCUCCCAGACUCUCCCCACCCCAACAACGGAGACAACCGGUAGUCUUAGCUAACAUUUGAGGAACCAGGCUCAAUGAGGGUUUAAAGGGAGGAAUCACUUUCCCUACAAAAAGUCUGCUUUUUAACACCCCCUCUCCUUCCCCACAACCGUGAGGACUGUCCAGUUUUGAUUUAAGAUUGAUUGAUUUCAAGGCUAGGCAACUAAUACACCUUACUAAUCCGUUUUCAAACAAGGGACGAUGAAAUUUGCCUCCCCUAUCUUGAAAAUUUCCCAUGGCUCUGAAGAGAACAAGUCAAACCGAAAACGGGAGCAAAAUGAGGAGUAAGACUUCAACUGUUCAAGACAGACCAUAAGGUUGAACUAUAAUGGUCUUCUGUAGAUGUGGCUUGCACUAAGGUUGGUAAAUGCAGCUAAUGAUUAGAUUGAAGACUCUCUAGGUUGAAAAAGCUGUAUUUAGGGGAUCGGAGUUGAGGUGAAAAAAACUUACACAUCUUCAGCCUAGUUCAAUGAAAUGAAGAAGUGACUUCAUCUAAUUAACCUCCUGAGCAAUGUCACAGAAUGAACUCCUUGGAGUGUCUUUUUAUCCCAUUUGUGUCUUUAUUAGGAUGUCACUUUUUU